AUGCCUCCUCGAGCUCAUCGACCGGCAUUGACACGCACUCAUUCCCGCUCGUCGUCGAACGGUUCCUCCAAGAUGGGCCUUAAUCUACAAAUCACCCAGAAGGAUCCACCACCUCCUAGAAUAUCCGACAAAGCAAAGAAGAACGCGCACUUAUACCACGAGCCUCCUGCACGUACCACGUCGCCAUACCCACGGACCAACAGUGCUCAUCACCUCCCGACGAGAGAGCAAGGGCCUUUGCGGAGGCCACCCGCGUCACAGGCCCUCACUAGUGCUCGUACGAAUGGCGUGAAACCGAAGGCAGAUUUCAGGAUUUCUAGUCCGUCAGAGGGCGACGAUGACGACGAGUGGGUGUCCAGUGAGAGUGGCGCGGCCACCCCGAGUGCUGGGUACGAUUCCGAAGAGGGCACUGCUACUCCUGUUGACCCUCCGAAGCCGCCCACCGUCCAGGCUGAUGUUGUACAGAAGGAUGGACCGCCGACUCCUCGUGCGGAAACACCGACUCUUCCCCGUAGCGACACCGCCCGCCAAGUGCCGCUCUCGCCGAUGAAGGCCAAUUUCGCGCAACCUGUGCAUGCUCAGCAGCAACAGAGCAAACCGCAACCGACUGCAACAGAACGUCAUGAUCAGCGCCGGCCACAAGUGGAUGUUCCGUCCCAGUCGCAGCAACAGCAGCAGCCGUCGCCUCCCGUCUCCAAAGCCCUCUCCGAGACUCACUCUCCUCCACGCAUAUCAUCCCCUGAUCCCCCCAAACGCCAAUCCAUGACACGGCCGCCCUCCACUCAUUCUGUCACCAGUAGGUCCGAUGCCGCCCCGUUACGUCCCCAUCCCCUCAUUCGCGGACACUCGUACGGGCACAGUGGCGCAUUACCGGCGAAGCCCGCGACACUCGCCCCGCUCACCGUAUCAUCGGAUGCUGCCCAAGCUCAGAUGUCGACCGUGUCCUCCCCAUCGAGCCUCCGUGCCGACUCGCCGAUAAGCAUCAAGACCACAUCGGCCUCGCCGAGUACGUCGCCCUCCUCCUCUCAGGCGCACCGACAGCUUCGGCGCACAUCCACCUCAUCGUUGCGCUCCAUGACAUCCACCGCAGUGCCUCCAUCCGCUGUCCAGGCGCAACUUAUCAAGACGCACGAUCGGCAGCGCACGAUGUCCGCGAUGUCCUCUACUUCCUCGUUUGCCGCGCUAUCUAGCCUCGCGAUGCGUUCUACGCCAUCCCCUCCGCGCACUCCUAUACAUUUUACCUCCCACUUCCCUCCAGCUGAGCAGACCAGUGCUGUCGAGUCUGUCCACCCGCUAUUGCCCCCACCGUACCUCAGUGCACAUUUGACCGUGCUUGCAUAUCGUAACCCUAUUGCGGAGUCGUACGAUAGAGUGAUUCGUGCGAAGCAGCGCAGAUGA